UUAAAGUCAUGUGAAUGAGAGGAAAGGGACCCGACCUACUAUUUGACGACAAAGGACAUUCUGAAUUUUCAGAAAAUCCAGAACAUUUCUGCUCUGUUAGCUAGCUAUAGUAGCUGAGAGGGAGGCAGAGGUAGAAAACUUCGCUAACGCCAAUUAACGUAUUGAGUUUGUUAGCUAAGCUAGCCAACUGAGGGAGACCCUACUAAAGUUGUCCAACAACCCUCUAAUGGAGUUGUUGUGUCACGAGGAUGGACGAUUCCAAGCCGCCUCAGAAAGCACCCCCGAAUAUAUGAAUUCCGCUGCUCUUCGGGCCAGCUCUGACCCGACCCUGACACGGGACCAUCGAGCAUUGCAGAACCUUCUGUCACUGGAAAAGACCAGUCGGGCCUCACCAUCAUACUUCGGCACGAUUCAGACAGACAUUCAGCCAUAUAUGCGGAGAAUAUUGGCAGUAUGGAUGCUACAGGUUUGCGAGGAGCAGAAGUGUGAGGAAGAGGUGUUUCCUUUGGCCAUCCACUAUCUGGACCGUUACAUGAGUUGCUUCCCUGUUCAAAGGUCCAACCUGCAGCUUUUAGGUGCUGUUUGCAUGUUCCUGGCCUCAAAACUGCGUGAGACAGUACCCCUGAGUGCCAGCAAGCUCUGCAUCUACACUGACAAUGCCAUUACAGUGUCAGAGCUCCUGCAGUGGGAACUUUUGGUGGUGGCAGGGUUAGAGUGGGACCUGGCUUCUGUGUUACCCUCUGACUUCCUGGAGCAAAUUCUUCAUGGCAUACCCAUAAUCCCUCACAACCUCCAUGCCUUGCGCAGGCAUGUCCACUCCUACAUUGCACUGGCAGCCACAGAGUUUAAGUUCUCUGUGUUCCUGCCUUCCACUAUUGCCUGUGCCAGUGUGGGCGCUGCCAUUCGCAGACUGAAGCUCCUGGAAGGAGCUCUAUCCAAUGAUUCACUUAUGCAGUUGCUAGCCAACAUCUUGGCCAUUGAUUUGGAGUCUCUCUGCUGCUGCUCUGACCAGUUGGAGGGUGUGCUGGAGCUCAGCCUGCCCCCCUGCCCCCAGGCACCGGGGGCUUGCCAUUCAGCUACACCCGGCCCAGAGGUCAGCUACACCCCCACUGACAUCCAGGACGUACACCUGUCACCACUGGGCUAGAGAUGACACCAAGCAGAUAAUCACUUUAACUGCUCUCUUAACAAUAACGAGCUUAUUUAUACCGUUGUGACCAUAAUGAGGCAGGUGUCUUAACUACCCUGUAAGACUAUUUUUGGCAGUCACUAAAACAAAGAAUGUAUGUGAUAAGAAAAAACAUGUCUUAUAAGCAUUACUGUGUUCACACAUGAUGAAUUGUGGAGAUCUUGAUAUCCAAAGGUUUUUUUCUGUUUACAUUACAUUUUACAGUGUGUUUGAGUUCUUUGUCGUUGCUAUGCUGUUGCUAAGUUUUUUUUAAGGACGUUUUAAAACUUAAGUUACUGUCGCUAGCUUCAGGGAACACAGUUUCUCACUGCUCUCUGAAGUUACCACAGAGGGGUAUCUUUUUAACUUAAAACAUGCUAUUUGUGAUAUUGCCAGAAGUAUUACAGAAUUUCCAUUUCAAUGUUUGCACUGUGUGAGUUUGCUGAGAAUACAUUAUGAAUUAUUUAAAAAAUGCUGCUUUUCAUUGAGUUGUAUUUAGUAACCCUUCUGACAUCUCUCUCAUCUUGCGAA